GUAGCAGGCACAAAUAACACUAGAAUCAGGCAUCGGGUAGUCGUCUGCUCGAAAGAAGCUGUCGAAAAUACAGAGCUCGCUUAAAACGCCUCGAACUGCGACCACAACGGCAUGGCAUGUCAAGAGAGGUUGUGGUGACUAGACCAGUAAGUAGUAUGUUCAACAGCUGUAGAAACGACCUGAAGCAGGCCCGUUUAUCAGCCAAUUCAUCGUUCGUACUGAACACACCGAAGCGAGCCCCGUGAACAUGACACAUGGGAUUGAUGAACACCGAGAACCCGCUCUCGGCUCGACGGCAUCCAAAAACCCGGACAGCACCACAUAUUUUGGCUUGGUCAAACCGCAAAUCCAUCUCCCCCCGUGUUCAUUUAGCUCCAAAAUGCGUUGUCGAACCGGGAACACUUGGAACGACGGGACCUAGCUUCAGCGAGGACGACACGGGAGGCAGCAGCAGCUUUCUUGAGCGUCACACCACCCCUCCUUCUCGCCCUCCAGCUUUACCCAGAAAAGCUUUCGUGCUCACGCAACGAGAGGGGCAAGAAAAACUCUUGAACAGUCUAUUCCCGGGGCCCCUGCGCAAGCUAGAAACGUCUUUGUCGAGCAUCGUUUCGCAUAGAACAAACCCAACCACCCACCCACCCACACACACACAUAUAUAUACACAAGCGUCCCUCCUCGACGCUGUCCCUCUCUCAAACUAUACCAAAGCCCACCACCACGACGGAUGCAUUUCUGCAACAAGGGACUAGGGCGAACCCCGGGUGGCGACGUCGUUCCCAUCCCAGG